GACAAGUGACAGAUCUUGCAUAUGCUUUGUGUCUAUUAUUGUUGUUUGUUAAUAUUCAACUUUGUUUUGUGGUUGUUUCUGCAAUUCGUAUUAAACAUAUUCUGUAUUAGGCCCUAGUUGUUGACUACUUACAUUGUAUCUCAUUUUUUGGUAGUAAUCUUCCAAAUGGAGACAAUUAAAGCAAAUGCAGCAUUCUUGUGUAAUUUCGAAGUGAUGCAAAUAUUACAGCAACUGAAAGAUAGUACACAGAAGAAACACAAACGAGAAGGAUCAUUAGCCACUGUCACAUAUGAGACAGUACACUACCUUCAAGACACAGACUGUAAAAAACAAACUGCACAGUCUAUACAGAGCUUUCUAGAAGCCAUGAAGAAGUUCAAAUUAACAAAGACUGAGAAACUGAUGAUGGUCAACACACCACCAAGAACAGAGCUGGAGAUUCAGUUGAUUGUUCAAGAAAGCGAGGAGCGUCUAUCAGAAGAUGAAGUCCGUCAAAUUAUCGAGCUAGUCAAUGAGUUCCUGCCACCGAAUGAUAGCAUUUGACAACCAAAAGCGGGCAACAGUGCCGAGGCUACAACUGAGACUACCGUUGAGACUACUGAGUAAUAUCUUGUAACC